CGCAUAUCUGCUCCGACAAUCCAUCAAGAACCAUCCUCCCCUCUCCACCCAUCUCUCUCGCCGGCCGCCCUUGUGCUGCUCAUGGAAACGCCCUCUAGAUGAGCAGCCAGCAACACCCCUGGGGCCCGCCGAGACACCACCAGAGCACACGCCUGACGCCCAUCACCACCGCAUUCGCGCAGGAACAACGCAACACGCCCUCGCCCAGCGGCUCGCGCCCGGCCUUCUCUCCCGCCUCGUCCAGCUUCCCAUCGCUCCCCCCGUCCACCGCCAGACACGUCGGGAGCCGCAAGUCGUCGGCCGCCUCGUCCACGUCCGCGCCCUUUUCGCCCUCGCACGCCGGACAGCAGCCCCCGGUCAGCCAGCUGCUGUCCUCCCGAUCGAGAACAAUAGCGUCGCUGCCUGCCUCGCAGCUGGCCUCCUCCGCCGCCGCAGCCGCAUCGCAGGGAGGGGGUGGGUCCUCGAGCAGCGGCGGAGGGGCUCCUCGGCUUGUCCGCGCCUCGCCUUCACUUUCGACAUCGAGCACCGUCGGCUCGCCCAACACGUCCUCUAACCCCGCCAGCGCGUCGUCGCAGAACCAGAACCUCUCCCGCAUUGUCAUAGCACAAGUUUUCCUGCUGCUCAGCCAGUUUGGCCCCGUCAAGGACGACAAAGACCGGACAAAGUGGGACACGCAAACCGAGCAGAUUCGGAAGCUGAUAGACUCGAACGGCAUGGAGGUCUUCUCCAAGUACUUUCGGCGGGUACUGCAGAACAAUGCGGCGCAAAUCUUCGGCACCGGUGCACGCGGCCAAGAACCCAAUGGCAGUUAUAAGCUUGUUGCGGAAGAGAUGCAGAAGCUGCGAACGGACCCGGAACAGGCAGUGAAAAUUGCAGAGUCCAUCAGCUCCGCUGAGGGCGACCUUUUCCGCGACUUCGACCUCUCCACUUUCAUCGCACACUUCCAGCUAGAUCCGUUCUCGAAAGCGCUACUCGCUGUGGCCUGCAAAUCGGGGCCCAAUCCCGAGCUGAGGGCAAAAGCCGAUUCAAUCCUGUCCGCCAUGAGCGAAGAUCUGCUAAUGGCCAUUGCCCGGCCUGACUCGGCGCAGUCGAACGAGACCACGCCCGAAUAUCUCGCUGCUCUGGUCGAACGGCUGCUCCAAGACCCGCCACAGGAUUGGAACGAAGACAAGAAGAUAAGCCUAUCGUACGCCAUCCACAUGCGAUACCAAGCGCUGCAUGCAACAGUGCCCGUGGAAGUUGAAUCAGCGUUGCAGCUUCUCGAGCUCACGAACGGCUCACAGAAUCCUCUGGUGAAGCUCGUGCAGCGCGCGGGCCCACGGGCGACCGACACUGUGGACGCAUGCAAGGAGAUGCUCGCAUCGGCCGAAACCCGCGACAUCAGCUACCAGCAAGUCGCCAUGGCUCUGCUAUACCUGGCAAUAUCUUCAGGGUACAACGCGAAGAACUUUGUGGCUGCGCUGCGAGAACACCGAGCUGGACAGCGGCUAGACUGGCAGGAUAUCGUGCAUGCCUUUGAUCGCGACGGGCUGCGGGUGUCAAAAUCUCAAUUUCUGGAGAUCUACAACGCCCUCCUCCCGAUAGCGCAAGAGACGGAUACCUUUGAUAUCCAGCUAUUGUGGGGCGGCACAUGGCAGAACGAGGUAACGCAGCUGUCGUUCCUCAUGCGCUACCUGUCCUGCACUCCAGAGGAGCUCGACGUUUCCCAGAUCCCGCGGUUACGGACAUCGUACUCCACAAAGCUGUUCGAGGGCGCAUCGGAGGAGGUUAAGGCCCUUGCGGAUCAGGCUGUCAAACACCCCUACGUUUCUCUGGAUGCCACGAGUGCGCUUUUCGGCAUGAUAUUUCGCUCUUCGGAGUCGUAUCAUUCGGCCCAGUUACUCGGCAUUCCCGACGCUGUCAUUAAUCCUCACACGGCCGAGUUCCUCAUCGCUGCGUCGGCGGUACCUAAGCCAUGGGGCGCGCUACAAGAGCAGGCUCUCAAACAGCUCUUCGACCCGUAUUUCUACAAGAAGCUGCCCAAGCACAAGUUCGUCCUCUAUGGGCUUUGGCAGCAGGACACGCAAUGGCUUGUCGAUCGUUUUGUGGACUCUUACAAUGCUGAUCUGAUGUCUCUGAAUCUCAUCAUGGAGCAUGCUGAGACGAACGGCUGGUUAGAGGCUCUGAUUCGCAGCAACACUGACAUCAGCCUUGAUCUCGCAGCGCAGGCACAUGCCCGCGGUCUCUUCGAGAUUGAGCCUUGGCUGCAGCAGACAUUCGAACAAGCAGGUCCGCUCUUCCGCCGCAUCCUUACGAACUUCCUCAGCGCCCGAGCAUCGGACGAAAUGCAACGCUUACGCGACGACCAUCAUCCGGGCAGCAUGCCCCUCGCUGUGAAAACCGUCUAUCCGCUUCUUUGGUUCCUGGCCGAGUGCGGACUUCCGGAACAGGAGCUCCUACCUCUCCAGCGAAAUUGCAUCCAGGCAUAUCCACGCCUGAUCAACUACGGAGAGGGCGUUGACGAUAUCAUAGAUGCAAAUGGACAGAACGGGAACUCUCUCCCGGACGAGGCUGACAAGAAAAUGCAAGAGCAUUUCAAGAACAUGUAUAGCGGCGAAAGCGACGUGCGCGACAUCAUCUCUGCGUUGAGGAAAUACAAGGAAUCGCGGGACCCGGCCGAGCAAGACCUUUUCGCUUGCAUGAUCCACGGUCUCUUCGACGAGUAUAACUGCUUUGGAGAGUACCCGCUGGAAGCUCUGGCAACGACUGCUGUGCUUUUUGGAGGUAUCAUCAACUUCAACUUACUCUCACGCAUUGCUUUACAAGUGGGCUUGGCAAUGGUUCUUGAAGCUGUCCAAGAGUAUCGGCCCGACGAUUCCAUGUACAAGUUCGGCCUCCAGGCUCUCCUUCACUUCGCCAACCGACUCUCAGAAUGGCCCAACUACUGCGAUCAACUUUUGAUGAUACCCGGUCUCCAAGGUACCGAAAUCUACGCCAAAGCAGAGGAGGUCGUUCGUGAACAAGUCGGCGAGGUGAACGGCGAAGGUCAGAACGGGGUCGGUUUGACGAACGGUACCAGCAUAGGCGAGCAACUUCCGACGGAGCCGGCUGUGCCCAAAUUCUCAUGUCUUCAUGUGGACCCGCCUGUUCGAGCGGACCUGUACGAGGAGCCUGAUGAGGAAGUUCAGGACAAAGUGUUGUUUGUUCUCAACAACGUGUCUGAGCGCAACCUGCGGGACAAGAUCAACGAUCUCACCGAAGCGGUCGAGGAGAGGCACCACCAGUGGUUCGCCAACUAUCUUGUCGAGGAGCGGGCCAAGAUGCAGCCCAAUUUCCAGCAGCUGUAUCUUGACAUGCUAGAGCUCUUCAACGAUAGGAUGCUAUGGGCCGAGGUUCUUCGGGAGACGUAUGUUGUGGUCGUACGUAUGCUUAAUAGUGAGGGCACUCUAGGCUCCACAGAACGCGGCCACCUCAAGAACCUCGGCGGCUGGCUCGGUUCCCUCACCAUCGCCCGCGACCAGCCAAUCAAGUUUCGCAACAUCUCAUUCAAAGACCUACUGAUCGAAGGAUACGACACAGAUCGCCUUCUUAUUGUCAUCCCCUUCACUUGCAAGGUCCUCUCGCAAGCCGCCAGGUCCACCGUAUUUAAGCCUCCCAAUCCAUGGUUGAUGGAGAUCUUGCGCGUUCUGCUGGAGCUCUAUCACUACGCUGACCUGAAGCUGAACCAGAAGUUCGAAAUCGAGGUGCUUUGCAAGGGACUGGAUAUCGACCACAAGACGAUCGAACCUGCCGACAGCAUCCGUGCGAGGCCGCCAGCUGAAGAGGAACAUCUAGGCCAGAUGGCACCUGACGGGCUCGAGCCAUUCGCAGACAUUUCCAUCAUGGGCCUGAAUCGUGCUCGAGGUCCUAGCGAACGAUUCUCGUCUGCAGCUAUCACGGCUGCUCUUCCCGACUUUACGAAUCAGCUCCAGUAUCCUCCGUCUGGCAACAGCGUCGUACCGCCCGCCACACUGAAGAAGAUCUUCCUCACCGCGGUGCAACAGGCCAUACAAGAGAUUAUUGCGCCGGUUGUGGAGCGGUCAGUCACUAUUGCAGCCAUCUCGACGUCGCAGCUCGUUAGCAAGGAUUUCGCAAUGGAACCUGAUGAAGAGAAGCUGCGCAAGGCUGCCCACACUGUCGUUAAGGCACUCUCUGGUGCAUUGGCCCUGGUCACAUGCAAGGAACCUCUCCGCAUGAGCAUCCAGAAUAACAUCCGCGUGAUGGCACGGGAUCUGCCCGAGCAGGCCCUGCCCGAAGGCCACGUUUUGAUGUUUGUCAAUGACAACUUGGACCUCGUUUGCAGCACUGUGGAACACGCAGCUGAAGUGUCAUCGCUAAAUGAGAUUGACAUGCAAAUCGAAGAGGCAGUACGAAUCCGCCGGAUCUUCCGCCAAACUCGACCGAAUGAACCUUUCAAAGACGCUGCCAUUAGCCCUUGGGCUUUCUACAUUCCGGAGCCCUACAAACAGACAGCUGGUGGUUUGAAUCGAGAACAGCUGGCCAUCUAUGAAGAGUUUGGUAGGCAAUCACGAGGCGCUCCGCAUACCAACAAUGCCUCUCAAGAUAGCGGGCGGCAAGUGCCUGAUGUCCUCCAAGACCAAUUCGCCGCAGUUCCAAACCUACCAACACCCGCGGCUGCUCCAGCGGAGCCACGCCAGCCGACGCAGCCACCACGACUGCAAAGCCUUCAGACAGCGCAUGCUCCUCCUCAGCAGCAGCUCAACGGUUAUAUGGAGCCUUUGGGACCAGAGCGUAGUCAGCGCGGCGUUGAAGAUCUCUUGAUGGAGCUGACACGGAUGGUCAAAGAAGCUCCCGAGGAACGCAUCAGCGAGCUUCAACCGACUAAUCCCAUCCAUCAUGUUUUUGAACAGCUUGUCUCCGUCAUCGAGGUUGCUGGGCCCAACAAGGAUAACUGGGCAUUCCACAUUGCUGGGCAAGUCACAAACCACCUCUUCUCCGACUCCCUACGGCGUCUUGAGAUUGAAACGUUGGCGCACCUCAUGGGUAGUCUGUGCCAAAUCUCCACGCAGACUUCCAGACAGGUACUUAUGUGGCUGGCGACGCUUAAUGACGACGAUCGUAUUUUCAAUGCUACGGUCAUGGUCUCUUUGAUGGAGGUGGGCCUGAUCGACAUGCACCGGCUCAACACAACAAUUGCUAAGGCCAUCCAAGAGCGGCGACUGGCUGCUGUUGAGAUGCUGUCCAAUCUCAUGGAUGAGAUUCUCCUCAGUGAGCAUCCCAGCGCACUACGUGCCGAUUUCGCGCUUUCUAUCGACGCUCUCACCAACUGGCUAGCUGAAGAUCCCGACCUGGAGACUGGAAAACGUAUCAUGUCGAAAUUGCAAAUUCCGCCCGCCGAUCAAUCCUUGACACCGCCAGCCACUGGCCACAAAGACCAAUUAGAGUACAUCUUCGAUGAAUGGGUCCAUCUCCAGCACCCGGAUACCCCGAAGAAGUCUAUUGCCGCCUUCAUCUACCAGUUGCAUCAAGAGUCAGUCAUGAAGAGCCAAGAAGACUCCAUUGGGUUCAUCCGUACAUGCAUCGACGCUGCCGUUGCCGCCUACGAGCAUGAACAAUCUCUACCUUACGGCGGUGGAAAUCCUGAUACUGCUACUGUCAAGGUGGACGCUCUUGGCAAGCUCAUCGUCGACCUGGUUGUCUACCAGGGUGAGCAGCAGAACGGCGCAGUCAAGGAGAGCAAGGCGAAGUACCUUGAUCAGAUACUUCUUGUUGUGAUCCUAGUCCUUUGCAAUCACCAAAGCACUCGCGGGGAUGCGUUCUGCCAGAAGAUCUUCUUCCGCCUGUUUUCCACGAUCCUCUUUGAGCUCAAUACUGCCGCCAAAGACAACGUUUUUGCUGGCUUCAAGGCAGACAUCUUCCUCGCCAUGGCGAAAGCCUUCCUCAUCUUGCAGCCCAAUAACUUCCCGCGCUUCACCUUUUCCUGGUUGACCCUGAUCUCCCAUCGGAUCUUCAUCCCAGCGAUGUUGGAAGAUAGCAAGGACGAGCGAUGGGAUGUGUACGCAAAGAUUAUGGAGACGCUGCUAAUCUACACCGGCCAGCUGAUCAAGCCUACCGGGGAGACAAUCAUGGCGCAAAACUUCUACCGCGGUGUUCUCAGGGUCUUACUUGUUAUCCACCAUGACUACCCGGAGUUUCUUGCUGAGAACCAUUUCCGCUUCUGCAAUAGCAUCCCGAUGCACUGCACACAACUGCGCAACCUCAUUGUCAGCGCCUACCCGUCGAACAUCCUCGAGAUGCCCGAUCCUUUCACGAGCGGUCUUAAAGUUGAUCGCCUUGACGAUCGUCAGGGCCCAAUCAUUCGCGCCGACAUUGACCAGAUCCUCCGCCAAGCUGGUAUCAAGGACACAAUUGAUGGCCUCUUGAGGGUAGCCGAGCCAAAAGCCCAGGAGGUCGAGAAGGUGUGCAAUGUGGUUUACUACGCCGAACCGAAGCCUGCCGGGUUUGAGCUCGUCCCAACUACGGCCGAUCCGGCUUUGAUUCACGCUAUCGUCAUCUACAUCGGCAGCGCAGCGCUUGUUGCUCAGGGGUCUAAGGGACCCGUCUUCGACGCCAACGCCCCGGCUGCUAGGCUUAUGGGGAAGUUGGCCAAGGAGCUGCUUCCGGAAGCCAAGUUCCACUUCAUCAGCGCGAUCGCCAACCAGCUUCGUUGGCCCAACUCGCACACUCAGUACUUUAGCUACGCGCUUCUUCACCUCUUCGGUACACCCAACAACGACCCACAAGUUUUGGACGUGCAGCAGACUAUUACCAGGGUGCUAUUGGAGCGCUUGCUGGUUCAUCGCCCGCAUCCGUGGGGUCUUAUCAUCACCCUCUUAGAAAUUCUCAAGAACCGCACGUACGCAUUCUGGGACUUGCCCUUCGUCAAGGCUGCGCCAGAGGUUCGUGCUCUCCUCGAUCUACUCCAUGCGAACUCCAAUCUGACCUCGCUAGGUUGAGCGGCUUUUCAAUGCUCUCUUCACGCACGCGCAGCAGAGUCCCCGGCCGCUUGCGUAGAUUUCAUCGAUUCGAUCCCGCCUAACCAGAGCGAAUCGAAAUAUGACACCGC